AUGCGUUUAUCACUUUGUUUUGUUUUCAUAUGGCUUUAUAUUUCAUUCGCACAUGCCGGUGCCAGGACCACUUUGCAAUUGACCUACGAAAACAACCAGAGCCUCGGAAGAGUCAACGAGGAAGAUGAUCAAUGCCCUCCAUGUUUUAAUUGUAUGUUGCCAAUAUUUGAAUGUAAACAAUACGCUGUUUGCAAUUCCAAUACUGGCAGAUGUGAAUGUAUAGAGGGAUUCUCAGGCGAUGAUUGUUCCAUUCCUGUUUGUGGUGGAUUAUCUGAUGAUAACUCAAGAAGGCCAAAGAGAUCAAACGUUACAAAUGAAUGUGAUUGUUCUGAUGGAUGGGGUGGAAUUAAUUGUAACAUCUGUCAGGAUGAUUUUGUUUGUGACGCUUUUAUGCCAGAUAUAGAAUUAAAGGGCACAUGUAAUAAGAAUGGUAUGAUUGCUAAUAAACUUUACCAAGGUUGUAAUGUUACAAAUGAAAAGAUUAUACAAAUUUUAAAAGGUCAAAUACCGCAAGUUACAUUCUCCUGUGAUAAAAAAAAAAAGAAUUGUAACUUUCAAUUUUGGAUUGACCAACUCGAAAGCUUUUAUUGCGGUUUAGAUAAUUGUUCCUUUGAAUAUGAUUUGAAGUCAAAUUCAUCUCAUUACAGCUGUGAAGAUGUUCAUUGCAAGUGUUUGCCUGAUACAAUGCUCUGUGGAGCACAUGGUUCAAUUGAUAUAUCUGAUUUUCUAACGGAGACCGUUAAGGGACCUGGUGAUUUCGUUUGUGACUUGAAUUCCAAGAACUGUAAAUUUACUGAACCUUCAAUGAAUGAUUUAAUCCAAACAUUUUUCGGUGAUCCCUACAUUAGUUUGCAUUGCGAAAGUGGUGAGUGUUUACAUUACAGCGAGAUUCCUGGUUACAACCCACCUUCUAAAGACGCUGCAAUGUCACUACAAACCAAGAUAAUCUUAAGUUUAACGUCUGUCGCCCUCCUGGGACUGAUAACUUUUGUUAUAUUCUAUAUCUCCAAGUCACCUUUAUUCAAACAAGGUUCGAUCCAUCUACCCUUAGACAGUAGUGAUACUCAAGAUCAGAUAGCGGAAGAUGAUAACUUUUUGAAAUCUGAUACUUUGGCUACUUUAAGUUUCGAAAAUAUUUCUUACAAGAUUUCAGAUCCGUCAAUUAAUGGAAGUAUUUUGAAAGAUAUUAAUGGUUUAGUAAAACCAGGUGAAAUUAUGGCAUUGUUAGGAAGUUCCGGUGCCGGUAAAACUAGUUUGUUAGACAUUUUGGCCAUGAAAAAGAAAUCAGGUAAAGUUACUGGAGAUAUAAAAGUCAAUGGCAUUUCCAUGGGGAAAACCGAUUAUACAAAAUUAAUUGGAUUUGUCGAUCAAGAUGAUUAUUUAUUACCAACUUUAACAGUUUAUGAAACGAUUUUGAAUAGUGCACUACUGCGUUUACCAAGAGCACUUUCAUUCGAAUCAAAGCAAGCAAGAGUUUAUCAAGUGUUGGAAGAACUAAGAAUUCUCGAAAUAAAGGACCGUAUCAUUGGUGAUGAAUUUGAAAGGGGAAUUAGUGGUGGUGAAAAAAGACGUGUAUCAAUAGCCUGUGAAUUAGUGACAAGUCCACUAAUACUGUUUUUGGAUGAACCUACAUCUGGUUUAGAUGCAAACAAUGCCAAUAAUGUAGUAGAGUGCCUCGUUAGACUAUCAAAGAAUUUCAAUAGAACAUUAGUAUUAUCCAUUCAUCAGCCUCGCUCUAACAUUUUCCAACUAUUCGAUAAAUUGGUUUUAUUAAGUAAUGGUGAAAUGGUUUACUCCGGUGAUGCUAUAAGAGUGGCUGAUUUCUUGCGCAAUAAUGGCUACAAUUGCCCAUCAGACUACAAUAUCGCAGAUUACUUGAUUGAUAUCACCUUUGAAAAUAAGUAUCCUAAAAGAAAACCACUGUCUAGUGGAAAUGACUUAGAAGCCGGUGGUGUAUUUUCUCGCAAUGCUGACCCUCACAAACACACUAGCUCUGGACUAAUGGCAUCCCUGGAUGAAGGUCGUGGUUCUGUUGGUUCUUUCACACAGCGUGAAUGGGAACAUUUCGCUGAACAUCGAGAUGAAAUAAGGACUUUAUUAAAUGAUAGUGAAAAUCCAGCAGAGGAAACCUUGGGUUCAAUGAAUAGAAAAUUAUUGAAUCAUCGUUUCAAAGAAGGUCCUUAUUUUGCUGAGCUGGAAAAUGAUAUCAAAGUGCUUGUGGAAGCCAGAAAGGGUUCAAAUAUGGUAUUACCAACUACUUAUAAAGCGGCUUCAUUCCUUCAACAACUCUCAAUUCUCUGUUCAAGAACAUUCAAGAACACCUAUAGAAACCCCAGAUUAUUAUUGGCAAAUUAUCUGUUGACAUUGAUUUUAGGGUCAUUCUUGGGGAUUUUAUAUUACGAUGUCUCCAAUGAUAUAAGUGGUUUUCAAAAUAGAAUGGGGUUAUUUUUCUUCCUUCUAACUUACCUUGGGUUUGUUACUUUCCCAGGAUUAAGCUCCUUUGCAUUAGAAAGAAUCAUUUUCAUUAAGGAACGCUCAAACAAUUACUAUAGCCCAUUGGCAUAUUAUAUGAGUAAAAUUUUGAGUGAUGUUUUACCACUAAGAGUUGUCCCACCUGUAAUUUUGGCCCUAGUAGUAUAUCCACUGGUGGGAUUGAAUAUGGGUGAACAAGCGUUUUUCAAAUUUAUUGGCGUUUUGAUUUUAUUCAACUUAAGUAUCUCCUUAGAAGUCCUGACGAUAGGUAUUUUCUUCGAAGAUUUGAACAAUUCAAUCAUAUUCAGUGUACUAGUUUUACUCGGGUCAUUACUAUUCAGUGGACUGUUCAUCAACACAAAGGAUAUUACAAAUGUUGCAUUCAAAUAUUUGAAAAAUCUGUCACUAUUCUACUAUGCAUAUGAAUCACUAUUGAUAAAUGAGGUCAAAACACUAAUGUUGAGAGAAACCAAAUACGGGUUGAAGAUUGAAGUUCCAGGCGCAACAAUAUUGAGUACAUUUGGUUUCAUUGUUAAAAAUUUUGUAUUCGAUGUUAAAAUUUUGAUUUUGUUCAACAUCAUUUUUUUAAUUUUGGGUUAUAUGGCUCUUAAAAUCAUAGUGAUAGAACAGAAGUAA